UUUAUGCUGUCAAAAUAUCAAAUUGUUUUUAGAUGUGUGUCGGAAUCACUUUAAAUUAAGAGAAUCUGAUCUAUUUGAGCCAAAUAUGCUGUAUGAUUUAACAAAUUUCCAUCGUGUUUUAAUAACUCUAUCCAAAUUGUCACAAUGUGCUAAAGUACAAAAAUUACAUCCCAACUUAGAAGGCUUUAAUUUGCCCUUAUCACCAAGUGAAAGAUCUCAUUCCGAUGAAGCCAUAUACAAAGAUUUACAUUCAACUGAUAUUAAGAAAAAUGGCAGUUUGGAUAAUCCCUCCGAAUAUUAUGAUCGCACGUCACAAAGUGGUUCUAUAUCAGUAGAAGAUGAAAACAGUGAUAUAACAAUAGAAAAUGAAAUGGGCACCGAAAAUACCGAUGACUAUGAAGAUGACAACUUUUCGGCCUUAAGUGAAAAUAUCGAAGAGGAAUCAUUAUCGGGUGGAGCGAAUGGCAGUGGCAAUGAAAGUAUUAAUGCACCCACAAACAAUUCACCUAGUAUAGUGCGUCCGGCACGUUCAAACAGCACAACAGCACCACCCUUAACUACACGUUCAAUUUCUUCAUCUGCCAUGGGAGUGGGUGGCGGUUAUGGCAUGGGUUCGACUUCCUCGCGGCAUCGUUUGUACAAUAUGUCUGCGGCGGCCAUUGAUAGAAAUCAAAAUUUACAAAAUGUUGCUGCCGCUGUUUAUAACUAUCAUGUGGUCAGCAAAGAAGUUGGACAUGAAUAUCUAAAUGACAUUUAUUCGGAGGAAGAUGAAAAAGUCUAUGAAGAUUUAUGUUAUGUCACGUUCUCAUCAAAAGUCUCCGAGAUUACUUCAGCCACCAGUUUUGAACAACGUGAUUAUGUUAUACGUGAAUUAAUCGAUACGGAAUCGAAUUAUUUAGAUGUUUUAAAUGCUUUAAAAACAAAAUUCAUGGCACCACUGGAACGUUUACUAAAACCGGAAGAAAUUAAACAAAUAUUUCCAAGGAUUAAGGAACUGGCCGAUAUUCAUACAAAAUUUCUAGACAAAUUACGAGAAUCUCUACAGCCCAAUGCUAAAAUGAAAAUGAGUCAAGUAUUUUUAGAAUUUCGUGAACCAUUCCUAAUCUAUGGUGAAUAUUGUUCAUGUCUAUUGGGUGCCAUUGAUUUUUUGGGUGAUGUUUGUAAAAAGAAUCAAAUUGUCGAGGAAUUAGUACAGAAAUGUGAACGUGAAUAUAAUGUGGGUAAAUUGCAAUUAAGAGAUAUAUUAUCGGUGCCCAUGCAGCGUAUAUUAAAAUAUCAUUUACUAUUGGAUAAACUAGUAAAAGAGACAUCACCUAUGCAUGAAGAUUAUCGCUCUUUAGAAAGAGCUAAAGAAGCCAUGAUAGAUGUUUCUCAGUAUAUUAACGAAGUUAAACGUGAUUCAGAUCAUUUAGUGAUCAUACAAAAAGUCGAGGACAGCAUUAUUGGCUUAAAUCUACCAAAUGGCAAUGAUCUCUUAAAAUAUGGUCGUCUACUGUUGGACGGUGAAUUACACAUUAAGGCACAUGAAGAUCAAAAAACCAAAUUACGUUAUGCCUUCGUUUUCGAUAAAAUUCUCAUCUUAGUCAAACAUUUGCAUGUCAAGACUGGCGAUAUGCAAUACACAUAUCGUGAUUCUCAUAAUCUAAACGAAUAUUGGGUAGAACAAAGUCAUUCAAGACGUACUAUAGGACGUGAUACACGUUUCAAAUAUCAACUGUUAUUGGCAAGAAAAUCUGGUAAAACAGCAUUUACUUUGUAUCUGAAAUCAGAACCAGAACGUGAUAAAUGGCGUAAGGCAUUAACAGAAGCGAUGGAGAAUCUUGAUCCACCCGGAUGUCGUAACACGGACCAUAAAAUGGAAAUCUUUACAUUUGAUGCACCGACAACAUGUCGUCAUUGUUCGAAAUUCCUAAAGGGUCGUAUACAUCAAGGCUAUCGCUGUAAAGUUUGUGAGAUUGCGGUGCAUAAAGGUUGCAUUUCUUCUACGGGCCGUUGUAAACAAAAUAUUAUUGCCAUGCCGCCGCCCGUUUGUGAUAGACAAUUAGCGGAGUUUAAUUGGUUUGUGGGCAAUAUGGAUCGUGAAACUGCACAGUUGCGUUUAGAACACAGACGUGUUGGCACUUAUCUAUUAAGAGUACGACCACAAGGUGCAUCUAAUCCCAAAGAAACUAUGUAUGCUUUAAGUUUAAAAACUGAUGAUAAUGUUAUAAAACAUAUGAAAAUUAAUCAAGAUACUAUAGCGGAUAAUAUCGUAUAUUGUCUGUCGUCGAGAAGACAUUUUAAAAGUAUUGUCGAAUUGGUAUCCUAUUAUGAACGCAAUGAUUUAGGGGAGAAUUUUGCAGGACUAAAUCAAUCCUUACAAUGGCCUUAUCGUGAGGUCUUUGCCACCGCCAUUUAUGAUUUCGAACCCAAAGGCAAUAAUCAACUGCAAUUAAAAACCGGCUGUCAAGUAUUGGUCAUAGGUAAAGAUGGUGAUAGUAAAGGUUGGUGGCGUGGUAAAAUUGGAGAAGUGGUCGGUUACUUUCCGAAAGAAUACGUUCAAGAACAUCCACCCACCAAUGAUGAACUCUGAUAUUAUAAUUAUGAAAUCGAUUUUUCUCGCAGUAAACUAGAACGUUCCCGUCUACUACAAAAUUCCAUGUCUUUAAGUAGCAUGGAAGAGGAACAACAGCAAUCGCAACAUGAAAUUUUAGUAAUCGAGGGUCAGUAAUUUAAUUACAAACAAAAAACAAAAUGUACUUUGAUUAUUAGUUUUUUUUUAAGAAAUUAAAUUUUAUAGUUUUGCUAUAAAAUUUGUUAAAAAUUUUUUUUGUUUUUUAUAUAUUU